AUGACGGACGAGCAGAAGGUUUUCAUCCCACCCAAGCGGGUCAACACCGACUACCCCGUUAUCGACACCGACCCCCACUGGAGGCGGGCGUUUAGAUAUGCACGGCCGGAAGAUUGGACAUAUGGAGCGGGGAUGGCAGCUAUAGGACCUGCUUUUAUGCUCGCAACCGAACGAUAUGCGCCGUCAUUCUCUGGCAGAGGUGCCUUUGGCCCGGUCUUCAGACUCAGCUGCGCCGUUGGAUUAAUAGCGGGAGCCGCAUUGGUAUACCAGAGAAGUUGCUUGCGCUUCUACGGCUGGACAGAGAACGACCGAGAAGUCAAGAUGGAUAUGAGAGAAAUGGUGGACAAAGUGAAGCGGGGCGAGCCUUUGUACGGCAACACCGACCUCACCCCGUACAUGCAGGGUGUGGCUGCACGAAACAGCAGAUACAGUGCCUUGAUGGCGAACGUUGUGCCGUGGGCCAACUUUGUCAACCACAACCAGCAUGGCGUGGAUACUGCCAAGUACUAUCAACAGGCAGAACGAGAACUAGAAGCUGAGAGAUUAGAGAAGGGUGGCCGGUGA